CACAUGCAUUUCAUAACAGCUGCACUAUAAAUAUAUAUUAUAAACGCCGCAUCACUUUACUUUCUCAUCUCUCUCUCCGAUCUCUAGUAGUCCGAGUUUUUUUUUUUCCACAUCCUCAUAACCGGAAAAUUUUCUUUUGGGAACAGGUCCGGCGACAUGGCUGACGAGUUUGAGACAUGCGUAGGCUACGGCUUGAAGCUAUCAAAGAGAAUUUACUACGGCAAGGAAUUGCCUCCGGCGCCGGAGGCAGGAAUGUCGAAAUCAUCGGAGAGCUUGUUACCUUUGGCGGUGAUGGUUUAUGCGGUAGUGCCAGAGCCAGAAGCGGUGGACAAUCCUGACGUGCCGAGCUACCAGCCGUACGUGCACGGGAGGUGCGACCCGCCGGCGUUCAUACCGUUACAUAUGCAUGGAGUAGCUAUGGAAGUUGAGUGUUGUUUAGAUCAUGCAAACGUUAGUUUUAGCGGGAAGUGGCGCUUGCAUUGCAUCAAGACCACUAGGAAGUGUGAUUGCUGCAUCGCCAUUCCCAUGGGAGACCAGGGUUCAAUUCUAGGUGUUGAGGUUGACAUAACUGGGGAAUCAUACCAUAGCCAAUUGAUCACAGCAGAAGAAACGAAAGAUAAGGAAAAAGUAAACAAGGGAGGAGAUGGACGCUACUUGAAAGGCAGUAUUUAUACAUUUAAAAUCCCACAGGUUGGUGGAGGGACAGUAAUUUCAGUUAAAGUGACUUGGUCUCAAAAGUUGGCAUAUAAUGAGGGUAAAUUCUGCCUCAGUGUACCAUUUAGUUUUCCAGCAUUUGUCAAUCCGAUUAGCAAGAAAAUUACUAAGCGAGAAAAGAUAAUGUUAAAUGUGAAUUCUGGUUUUGGCAAAGAAAUUUUAUGCAAGAGUACUAGCCAUGCUCUAAAGGAGCUAAGGCGUGAGGUUGGUAAAAUGGGUUUCUUAUAUGAAGCAGAAGUACUAACUUGGUCAAGUGCUGACUUUAAUUUUUCAUAUUCUGUCCCCUCGAAGGAGUUAUUUGGUGGUGUGUUCUUGCAGGCCCCACGUCUGCGAGAUUUUGAUGAAAGACAGAUGUUCAGCUUAUAUCUUGUCCCUGGAAAUAACCAGAGUAUGAAGGCUUUCAGGAAGGAUGUGAUCUUUAUAAUUGACAUAAGCGGAAGCAUGAAGGGGGCUCCUUUUGAGAAUGCAAAGAAUGCACUAAUAUCAUCACUCUCUAAACUCAAUUCCGAAGAUUCUUUCAACAUUAUUGCUUUCAAUGGGGAGACCUAUUUAUUUUCAUCAUUAAUGGAGCCGGUAACACAGGGAGCAGUAUCAGAAGCUGCCCAGUGGCUUAGCGAUAAUUUAACCAUAGGUGGUGGUACAAACCUUUUGCUUCCACUUAAACAGGCUUUGAAGCUGUUGGGUGAAACUACUGAUUCAAUUCCUCUUAUUUUCCUCAUCACCGAUGGGGCUGUUGAGGAUGAAAGGGAUAUUUGCAAUUUUGUAAAAGGAUCUCUUAAAAGUGGAGGAUCAAUUUCUCCUCAGAUAUGUACAUUUGGCAUCGGAAUAUAUUGUAACCACUAUUUCUUGCAAAUGCUGGCACAAAUUGGAAGGGGAUAUUUUGACAGUGCUUAUGAUGCAGAUUCAGUUGAUUUUCGAAUGCAGCGGUUAUUUGCAACUGCUUCAUCAGUCAUCCUAGCCAACAUUACCAUGGGUGAUUUAGAACAUCUUGAUUCACUUGAGUUGCUUCCGUUUAGAAUUCCAGACUUCUCUUGCGGAAGUCCAUUGGUUGUAUCAGGCAGGUAUAAUGGAAACCUUCCAGAGUCGAUAAAAAUUAAUGGCACUUUGGCAGAUAUGAGCAAUUUCACAAUAGAAUUGAAAACGCGAAAGGCAAAGGAUGUGCAACUUGAUAAAGUACUUGCAAGGAGACAAAUUGAUAUUCUCACAGCUAAUGCAUGGUUGUCAGAAAGCAAAGACCUUCAGCAGAAGGUUGCAAAAAUGAGCAUACAAACUGGGGUUCCAUCUGAAUAUACCCUUAUGAUUUUGCGUCGGACCGAUAAAGGGGAGAAAGCACCAGAAACAAUUCUGAUGCAGGAGGUAUUCAACAAAAUCAACUCAAUUAGACAAGUGGACUCAGAAAGCCAGAAGAUUAUAUUCUUGGGGAGGCUAGGUGUUGGCCUUGGCAAUCUGACUGCAACCGCAGCAAACAUUCCUCCAGGAACAGAGGAAAUAAAGUCACCUGAAGCUACAGAAAUGUUGGUUAAGGCUGCUUCCAAUUGUUGCAGCAGGCUUCUUGACCGGUGCUGUUGCAUGUGCUUCAUCCAGACUUGUUCAUACAUGAAUGAACAGUGUUCUAUCAUUCUCUCACAACUCUGCGUAGCCCUCGCUUGCUUUGAAUGUCUGAACUUUUGCUACGAGCUUUGUGACUGUGCAUAACUAAUUAAUUAUGAUGUAAAAUAGUUGCUGAACAUAUGAAGAUGCGAGGACUAUAUAGAAUGUGAUGUUGUUGUGCAUGCAAAUAUUAAAUUCUAUGCUAAUAUUAUCUC